CAGCCCCGCCUUAUGAGGGGUAUGAGGUCCUGGAUGCCGUAUACUGGCUUCUUCUUCCUCUUGUUCCAUAAGGAAACCUACCUUUUCUUCUAUCCUCUUCUAUCACAUAACUUCUCGGUAUCUCUUCCCGGUCACCAUCUCCACCAUGAGCAUGCGAAGCGACUGCAACGUCCACGGCCUCGAGUUCCGCGAAGCCAAACCAUCCCAAGGCGACCCCUCACGCCCUGUCUCAGAGCUCUUUCGUCUCGAUAACCGCACCAUCAUAAUCACCGGCGCCACCGGCUUCUUAGGAACCACACUUGCAAUCGCCAUUCUGGAAAGCGGCGGCGAUGUCGUCUGCCUUGAUCUCGCACCCAAUCCGACCGCUUCGAACUGGAACGAAGUCAAAGCCGCUGCAACCAGAUACUCAUGCCAACUGACCUACUACCCCCUCGACGUGACGGACGAAACUGCUGUGGAGAAGACCUUCGCCCACUUCAUCCCUGCCCUACGAUACCCGCUCAAGGGCCUGGUCGCUUGUGCCGGACUAUCUCGAAAUGGCCCUGCGACGGAAUUUCCUGUCUCCUCGUUCCGCCGUAUACUUGACAUUAAUGUCACCGGGACGUUUCUCAUCGCACAGGCUACUGCCCGGGAGGUGAUGAGGACAAAUACCACGGGAAGUAUAGUCUUUGUGGCUAGUAUGAGUGGAUAUGUGUCGAAUAAGGGCGUCGAUACUGCCGGAUACAACGCCAGUAAAGCGGCCGUGCACCAACUCACUCGCUCUUUAGCAGCAGAAUGGGGCUCCCGUGUCGGAAUGCCCCUCAUCAGGGUAAACUCCCUCUCCCCCGGCUAUAUCCGUACCGCAGCGACGGCCGAAGCACUCCAAAAACCCGGAAUGGAGAGUCAGUGGGUGGGAGAUAACAUGCUGUUCCGGUUAAGUACAGUGGAUGAGUUUCGAGCGCCGGUGUUAUUCAUGCUCGGGGAUGGAAGUAGUUUUAUGACGGGGGCGGAUCUGCGGGUGGAUGGUGGACACUGUUCGUGGUAG